ACAGGUACGGUUCACAGACGAAGCCGGACCUCGUGCUCGAUUCGACCAAUGGUACAUGCGAUUCGGCCGCUGCGGCAGCCGUUGUCGGUUUGUCGACGCGGCUGUGGUCAGGAUCGUUCAACAGCACGCUACCGAAGAACGGAUGUCCGGCGCCUGCUAUUCAGUCGACCGGCGAAACGUUCUACCAUCCACGGCCACACCUGACUUCUUCCUCGUAUUCGUGGAAGAACCCUGCCACCUUCGGCACGAGCCACCGAGCGGAAAGCGAAAAUCUUUGCGAAAGGACUGCAAGUGAGG